AUGACAAAUAAUCUUUCACUACUGAAGAGGGAAAGAAGCGAAGAAGAAGGGAAUGAAAUUAAAAGAGAAGAGAAGGACUUUUUAAAGCUAUUUGAGUUUGUGUGCAAUGGAGAUCUAAAAAGUCUUAGGAAUGCCAUGUGUAUAUAUGAAAUAAGCCAGGGUAAAGUGUUUGACCUUAAAAUAGUGAAUAAGUUUGGUGUUCAUCUGAUACAUUCUGCUGCAUACUACGGGCAAAGAGAGGUUGUUGAAUUUCUUCUUUCUGCUGUGAGUGAAGUAGAAGAAAAAGACAUGACUCUCUUUGAGGCUGUCACAUCAGACAAUAUUUCAUUUGAAAGCAAUGAUGUGGAUAAUUUCUCUACUGCCAGCUCAAUUAUUCUUCCUGUAGUAUUUGGCCAUGCAAAGCCAAGCACUAGUUUUAUAAAUAUUCGGUCACUUGAUCACAGUGCAACACCCCUUCACUAUGCAGCCCUGGGUGGAAACAGAAAUAAUAUAAUUCUGUACCUACUUGCAUGCGGUGCAGACCCCAGGCUAAGGGACAGCAGAGGGCAUACACCACAGGAUCUUGCCAGAGUGCAUGGCCAUAAAAAAACGGAAAAAACCAUCAUAAAAUACAUCAGAACAAUAAAUCAGAAGAUAGAGUCCUUAUAG